AUGGCAGGUACAGUAUCCUUCAAACCUAUCAAUGGCCGAUCAGAAGUAUACGGAGGGCCUUAUGAGACUCAUCUCUCCCUGUAUGCAAGCAUCGAACAAGGUCUGAAGACGAAUCCGGAUGGUAUAGCUGUCGUCGUCAAGUUUCAACCUGCGAACCACCUCGCCUCCCUUGCAGGCAUCAACGAAAAGCAGGAUGAGGUCAAAGACGAGGGCCUGGUCUGGACUCGCUCGCAAUUUCAUAGAGCCGGCCUGACACUGGCUGGAGCAUUACUGGCCAAUGGAACGAAGCCAGGAACUACGAUCAUCACCCUCGUGACCAAUGGUGUCGAGACCGAGCUGGAGAACUUUCUUGUGGCAAUGAAGGCCGACACUGUGGUGGUCGGGGAUGAGAAAGGUGCCGCUGCUGUCGAUACGGCACUGCAAAGCUCUAGCGCCCCUGUUCCGUCGGUGCGUAUCACGCUCACGGAUACCACAGUCCUUCCCUCACCCUGGAAACCACUAUCAAAUAUCCUGCAAGCAGUUCCACUAUCCGAACCAGACAAAGUCAAACUCCUCCAAGCCGCCCGAACCUACGACCCCGACCGCAUCGCCCUCAUAGUCUUCACCUCGGGAACCUCCUCCGGCAAACCUAAAGGAUGCCUCCGACACGAAGGCAGCAUGGCAGGCUGGGCCGCCAACUUCCGAUGGCGAGAGGACUGGGGCUCUAAAGACAGUAUCAUCCUCACCACGUCCAACUUCCGCAUCAUUGCUACUUUCAUGUCACUCACACUGUGGAUCAAGGGCUCGACAUUAGUAAUGCCUAGUCCUGUGUUUGAACCCGGGAAAUUGUUGGAGGCGGUGGAGAAGCAUAGGGUCAAUACUUUGCUUUUGCUACCUGCGCAAUUCUAUGCCGUAACUUCACAUCCUACGUUCAAGCAGAGGGACCUCAGCUCCUUACAGGCCGUCAGUACAGGCGCAGAUAUGAUCACCCGCACCUUGCUAUCCGACAUAUCUGCCGCCUUCCCAUCAGCCGACAUCACAGUCUCCCACGGCAUGUCAGAAGGCGGCGGCUACUUCGCGUGGAAAUACUGGGGCACUUCCUUCAGCGAGCUGCCAUACUACAACGACAUCGCUCCUCUAGGUCGAGUAGCAGAAGGGGCUCGACUCCGGCUGUGGGAUGCAGAGAAGGGGGUUGUGCCGAAUGUCGGUGGGAUGGGCGAAAUUCAUACUUGUAACGAGGCUACGCUGAAGCAUUAUCUGGGCGGGCUACAUGAGGACUCGUUCUAUGAGGAUGAAUAUGGACGAUGGUUCAAGACGGGUGAUCUGGGACUGAUCAGCGAGGACGGCACGAUAUAUAUUCUCGGUCGAAACAAGGACAUUAUCAAACGAGCUGGGGUCCCCAUCACAGCCGCACCACUAGAAAGCAGUCUAAGUUCCUUCGUAGAAUCGCCCACAGCAAUAAUCCCAAUCACCUCCCCAACCCCCGGCGUCGGCCAAGAACCCUUCGCCAUAGUCCAAGAUCUCAAAGCCAAAACAGAGCAGCAACUCAAACAGCACGUCCUCGAUCUCUUCGGCAAGGACUACGCAUUAGCCGGAGCUGCGAGCCUGGCCCAGCUGGGUCUCAAGGCUUUCCCUCUCAAUGCUACCGGUAAGGUGCAGAAGCUUGAUCUGCUUGCUGCGCUCGAGCGGAGUGGUCGGGCGAAUUGA